UUUCUUCUUCGUAGAUCUCUCUAUCGAAUUCGCAACAAUUCCGAACCCAUGGCGUCGACGGAAGAGCCCAUCGCUUCGAUCAUCAUGGAGGAGCCUGUCCCGAAGGAGCCGGCAACCGCUGACCUUCCACCGGUGGCUGAGGAUGAGCUUGCUCAGCCCGAUCCCAACCCUACCAAGGAAGCCAAACCUAGGAAAUGUGAUGUUGCCAAGAAGGCCACACAUCUUUCCUACGAAGAGAUGGUGAAGGAUGCGAUUGUGACGCUAAAGGAGAAGAGCGGUUCCAGCCAGUACGCAAUUGCGAAGUUUCUAGAGAAGAAGCACAAGCAGCUUCCAUCGAACUUCAAGAAGCUUUUGUUGUUCCAUUUGAAGAAGCUUGUUGCUGCUGGGAAACUUGUUAGGGUGAAAAACUCCUUCAAGCUUCCGUCGGUGAAGUCCUCCGUCGCUGCUUCCAGGCCGGCGGCGGCAAAGAAGAAGCUUGCAGUUGCCGAACCCAAGCCCAAGGCUAGGGCCAAGCCGGCGGCAUCUAAGGCGAAACCUGCUCCCAAGCCGAAGGCAGCGACUAAGACCACUGCCGCAACAUCCAAGGCAAAGCCUGUCACGGCGGCCAAGUCUAAGGCGAAGCCAGCUGCUAAGGCGAAGCCGAUGGCUAAGACCAAGGCAGUUGCUCCUGCUAAGGCGAAAGCUUCUCCGACUAAGACUAAGGCUGAGGCGAAGUAUAAGUCGGCGCCUCGUAUGAAUGAGAAGCCUCCUGUUCCGAAGGUGAAGCCUGCCGCUAAGGCGAAGCCCGCGGCGAGACCUGCAAAGGCGGCGAGGACCUCGACAAGAACAACCACCGAGAAGAAAGCGCCUCCUCCUCCAAAACCUGCACCGAAGAAGGCUGCUACGCCUGUGAAGAAGGCUCCGACGAAGAGUGCGAAGGCUAACACUGUGAAGUUGUCGGCGUAGAGGACUGUCCCGAAAAGGGGUGGGAGGCAGUGAAUGGUUGGAGCCUAGUGUUUGUAGGUUUAGUCUUGUAGUUCUCAGACCCUUUGGGUUGUAGUUGCAUCACAGGUGUUGAUGAAAAUCAACAUGUUUAAGAUUCCUAUGAAAACC